CCUAGGGUCGUACUUCCCCAAUGAGCACUCAAUGCUAUAUUACAGCAAGGUUCACCAGCUGCAUGCGCUAAAGAAUUUCAGGUCAGGGGGUGUUAAACGACAAUUGAAAGUUCCAAGUGUUCUAGGUGCUGCCCCGCCACGCUAAAUAAAAACGUCCUAAGCAGAUUACCGCUCACAAUCCCCCAUGACUUAAACUUCUUUGCCCAGCAAGCGUCAACUGCUUCUUUUCUUUUUAUAUAACAUACACAACAUUGAUACGAAUUCGACAUCAUGCUUCAGGUUCCGAUCCGAGAGAAGGCCAAUGGUGCCAAUAAAGGCACUAAAGCCGUCAUCCUUGUCGGCGGUCCUUCAAGAGGAACCAGAUUUCGCCCUCUCUCGCUCGAUGUCCCUAAGCCUCUCUUCGACGUCGCUGGCCACCCCAUCAUCUGGCACUGCUUGACCGCCAUUGCGAAAGUCCCCUCCAUCCAGGAGGUUUGCAUGAUCGGCUACUACGACGAAUCCGUAUUCAAGGACUUCAUCAAGGAGGCCGCCUCCGAGUUCCCCAACCUGCCUAUCAAAUACCUACGAGAAUACCAAGCACUAGGCACCGCAGGUGGUCUGUACCACUUCCGAGAUGCAAUCCUCAAGGGUCGGCCCGAGCGCAUCUUUGUCCUCAACUCAGAUGUUUGCUGUUCUUUCCCCCUCAACGAGAUGGAGAAGCUAUUCGACGACAAAGAUGCCGAGGCCGUCAUUCUCGGUACGCGGGUGAGCGAGGACGCUGCAUCCAACUUUGGUUGCAUCGUCUCGGACCAGCACUCUCGUCGUGUUCUCCACUACGUCGAGAAGCCAGAGAGCCAUAUCUCAAACCUUAUCAACUGUGGUGUAUACCUUUUCAGUGUCGACGCUAUCUUCCCUAGCAUCAAGACCGCUAUCAAGCGAAGAACCGACCGACCACGAUUACUCUCAUACCCAUCGUCCGAGAACCUAGAGUCGAGUUUCAUGGCCGACGAAGACGAGGAGCGCAAGAAUGAAGUCAUCCGCUUGGAGCAAGACAUUCUAGGUGAUCUUGCAGAUAGCAAGCAGUUCUUCGUCUACGAGACUAAGGACUUCUGGCGUCAAAUCAAGACAGCUGGUUCCGCCGUCCCAGCCAACGCGCUAUACCUACAAAAGGCACUCCAGACUGGAUCGACCGAACUCGCGAAGCCCUCUCCUAACGUCAUACCCCCCGUAUUUAUCCACCCUUCUGCACACGUCGAUCCUACCGCUAAACUUGGCCCCAACGUUUCCAUUGGUCCCCGAGCGACUAUCGGACCCGGUGCAAGAGUCAAGGAGUCUAUCGUCCUUGAAGAUGCAGAGAUCAAGCACGACGCUUGCGUGCUAUACUCCAUUGUUGGCUGGAACAGCCGUGUCGGUGCGUGGGCUCGCGUUGAAGGGACCCCCACGCCCGUCACGAGCCACUCCACCAGUAUUGUGAAGAACGGUGUGAAGGUACAAAGCAUCACCAUUCUUGGCAAGGAAUGUGGAGUUGGAGAUGAAGUACGCGUGCAGAACUGUGUCUGCUUGCCUUUCAAGGAAUUGAAGAGGGAUGUCGCUAACGAAGUCAUUAUGUAAGGAGGAUUGCUACGGCGGAGGAAAUCUCUUACAGGCCUCUCAUAUUCCUAUGAAAUUUGGGACAGUUACUUGUUCCAUCUUGGGUGUAAUGGUCCUCAAAAAAAAAAGCACAGUGAUACCUACGGCGCGAUAUUCAAGCCAGCCAGAUAGUCGAGAAGUUAUAUAAUGGAAAAUGCGUUUGUUCUUGACUCCCCUCAACCCUUUUUACCACGUCUACUAGAAGCUUAUGCUUAAGUAGGCCUUAUAAUCUCCUUUUUUGCGCAACGAACAUGUUUCU